UGCCUCGUUCACUCUGGCAGUCAGACUCUGACAGGACCAUGGCUCUGAUGCAGGCUCCAGGGGGCCCCAGCCCUGGGCAGACCUGCGCCCUGAUCCUCAUCUUCACUGUGCUCCUGCAGGCCCUCUGUGUGGCCGUGACUUACGUGUACUUCACCAACGAGCUGAAGCAGUUUGCAGAAACUGAUUGUCAGGGACUAAUGUCUGGGCAGCAGAGAGGGUCAAUGCUGCCACCUUGAAGUCUCUGAGCCAGCCAGCUAGCAAAGGACUCCUCCCUGCUGACUUCAAGCCCUGCCAAGGACUGGCUGGCCCUGGCCCAGACAGUCACACUGUUUGUGACGGCAACAGCAGCAGUUGAGUGGAAUCCACUUCUCAGAACCAAGGGCAAUAACCACCUCUCUCCUUCUAAAGGUGUCCAGAUAAAAAUAGCACACUCAUCCCCCUGCCCCCAACACCCAGAUGUGGUUACCAAGAGAACAGCCCCAGCCCGAGAAGUGCUGUAGGAAAUUCAACCUCAAAGUGUGAAAGGAUGUGAAAAGGAAAGGGGGAGAGUGACAUCAUAUUAAUCAUCAUUAAUCAUUCUUGGAAUAACCAUAGCACCACCUUGCCCAUAUGUCAGUUACCUGUGUUGGCCCAGGUCCGUAGAGGAAACUACUAAAUAUGAAACAUGUGGGGGUGGGAUGCAGGGUGGCUGGGGGCUUUCUGUUGUUCAGAAGUCAAUAUGGGUUGGCCAAAAAUUUCGUUCAGGGUUUGCCGUUGAAAACCCCAAAUGAACUUUUUGGCCAACCCAAUACAAGCAUAAAAAUAUCUAGAAGGAGAAAUAAGUUGAGAUCUUUAGAGGGUAGAAUUAUGGGUGCUUCUUUUUAAUUUUUCUAUAUUUUAUCAAUUUUCUACAGCUAAUGUUGUAAAAAUAUCUAUGCUAGCCAUAUGAUUUUCAUACAGAUCUAAAGAGCAUGGCAUUUUUGUAUAGUCUUAAGAGAAAACAACCACAUGCAAAAUUGCCCACACCCAGUCUGAUCUCAACCCUGUAAAAAAAGAGAUCAUCCAAAGGUUAACUAGAAGGUGGAAUGAGGGUGGAUCAGAGGGUUUUGUUUUACUUUUAGAAAAGUAUUCUAUAAUUUUCUAUAUUUUCCAGGCUGCCUGUGUAUCCUCAGCAUCUUUAGGCUUCGUUCAAUCUGGGUUAACAGUGGAGUCUCACUAGCUUGUCCGACUCCCUCCCACAUCUACUUAGGACCUUAGUUUUCAAGGUUCUCCCUCCCCACCUCCUGAAAGUGUUUCUGGAAAAUCUCCAGAGGGUCUCCAGAGGCCAGCAGUUGGUCCUGACCUGGGCUGGCCCCUGCUCUCUUCAACUCUCUCAAACUCCACUUGACUUCACAGGGGCUGUCAGCUACCCUGACUGCCUGAUCCCAGCACCUCUCAACUCUGCCCUGUCCUGCCCCUAGCCUCAGCCUCCCGGGCACUCAGCCCUUUCAUGCUGAGACAGCUUCCAACUGCUGUGAAGUAAGAUGACAAGUUGCUCCCUCCCUUCUGUGUCAUGCACAUUGUUUUGUCCCAACAGGUUACGGAAAUUAGUUAAGCCUGUUUAUUCAGUUUCAUCAAGUCAACGCCUGGCCAAGGCAUACUCAGUCCUGCUGGGCUGGGACCAUGGCUAAUAAAACUGUUCUCCCUGGAACUACCCUUAGGCCUUGUUGGUGAAUCCAGCUCUUCUUCCCUGAUCCUCCCCUCAGUUUGCUAGACAUGCUCUUCUAUUUCUAAAUUGAGUUCCUUCCUUGGAAAGGCUUUUUAAGCUCACAUAAAUUGCAGAUGAAAAUUAAUGUCUACAGUAGAAGAACAUGGAGGUGGGUAGGAUCAAAGGAAUGGUGUCUAAUUUCAUCGCCAGUCAUAACUCAGGUGGUCCCAGCUGUCACCCCCACUACAUCUACUAGGCGAAUGUUUUACUCUUGGCAUUUUAAAGAGGAAGGAAGAAAGAAAAUAAACAUUUACUUAAAAGUAAAUGAAUGUUCUAUGCCAGAGUGUGGGGAAGGAAUUAAUUAACUCAGGUUUGUCACUUUUAUGCUUGAGAGACCUGAUCAAAUGUCCAAGGAACACGUGGCUGACAGUACAGACCUGCACGAUUCUGGCUGAAAGCUCUCGUAAAUAUUUAAGUUAUUUUGAUUUGGAAUGAGAUCAUCUUUCUAUAGGAGAGAGCAGAUCAUCGUUAAGUUUGAUCUUUCCUUCAAGCUUUGAAGUCCCCUAAGUUCAACUAACAGAUUAAAAUGGCUAUUUUCCCAUUUAUU